CCUCUUCCUAAUAAUACCCUAAUCCUAACUAACCAAACCCGAAUUCUAACUAACCGAAGAGACUAAGGGUUCUCAAUGUAGAGGACUUAAAACAUUUUGCUUAAAGUACCGAGGUACUUUGCUCCACUUUUACAUUAUCCAAUUAGACUUGAGAACCCCUUUGUCGUGCGCCUUACCCCCCCGAACUCUGUCGUAUCUUUAAAGGUUCUCCAAUAGACUGCCUCACAGACCGAAGUACGGAGGUGCGUCUCAAAAGUCCUGGUCCACAGGGGUCCCCUGCUGUAUUAGCGUGCCAGCCGUGUCAGCUGGCAUCUGUUUUUGCUGUAGAGUCCAACUCAAAUAAGAUAACCAGUGAAUGCCCCUGUACGACGCGUCAGCUCGUUGUUUCGACGCGAUUUGAGGCUUCAAAAAGCAGCAGUAAUUGACAUUCUGGAGCAAUAAUGGAGGAGACGGAUAGCAGAGGUACGUCGAGAUCACUUGACCUCCAUGGACAGGUGGCAGAAAGUAUGGCAGGCCGGAAGUAUCACGAUCUGGCGAUCCGCGCGGUCUGCGUUUACCUCAAAGCCGACGGCAAGAGCUCUUCUGCGACUUCUGCGAUCACUGGCAUCCCGACGAAAACCGUGACAAACCUUUACCGCCGUGCCUGCGACCGCGGCUUCGAUCUAACGGCGAGGCCGCUGGUGAUGAAGGAUGAGUUCGUCGCCGAUGCACCGAAGGCUGGGAGGCCCAAAAAGCAGACUUCCGAACUUACCUAGCGUAUUGUCGAUAAAGUACGACUUGACCGUUACGGCCGAGAGAAGACAGUACGAUUUAUAUCUGACGAACUCCGAGCAGAGGCUUCAACGUAAGCCCGCAGACGGUUCUGCGGAUUCUGCACAAGUCGAAUUUUCGAAAAACGAAGCCGACGAGGAAGCCGGGGCUGUCGCCGGCGAUGCGGAAGGCGCGGCUUGAGUUCUGCCAGCAGCACGCAGAUUGGACUCUUGACGACUGGAAGAAUGUGAUAUU